AUGUUCCACUCCACUUCGAAGUCAUAUCAGCCAUUAUUCGCCAAAUUGUUACCGAAGUUGAACGAAACAUUGCGAAAGGGUGAAUUGGGACGUAUCGGUGUCGUUGGAGGAUCAAAACUGUACACGGGUGCACCGUUCUUCGCGGCGAUGACAUCGCUUCGAGUGGGUGGCGAUAUGGUACACGUAUUUUGUCCAUCGGAAGCAGCACCGAUUAUAAAGUCGUACAGUCCAGAGUUGAUGGUACAUCCAUCAUACGACAGGAAUACGAUAAAUGACUCGAUACACCGUAUUGAUUCGCUGAUAUUAGGACCUGGCUUGGGUAGAGAUCAAGCAGUGAUGCGUGUUGUGGAGGACACGAUUCAAAUCAGCAGAGAGCGACAGCUACCGAUAAUCAUUGAUGCUGAUGCUUUGUAUAUGUUGGCGACGAAACUUUCACUGAUAAAAGACUAUCCGAAAGCGAUAUUAACACCAAAUUAUCCGGAAUUUACGAGAUUGUAUGAGCAUGCGUUCGGUAGCGAUGAGAAGCUCGAUGACAACAAACGUUUUUCGGGUGAUGCUGCCAAGCAAUUGGCCACUUAUUUGGGUUGUACUAUUUUCCAGAAGGGACCCACUGAUAUCAUUACUGACGGUCAUCAAAGUUAG